AUGCCAGUUCCUGUGCCCGCCACCAAGGUGGUCGACGGCUUUGAGCUGCCAAGCUCUUUCACUCAAACCACGUCCAAGCUCGUCUUCACUGUAAACAACACCCGCUUCCAGCUCUCUCCUGCCAAAGGCGACGAUCUCGACCUCACACUACUGGAGUUCAUCCGAAGCAAGGGCUUCACCGGUACAAAGCUAGGAUGUGGUGAAGGUGGCUGUGGUGCGUGCACCGUCGUUGUCGGCAAGUACGAUUCCCAUUCGCCGUCCUCCUCCUCCUCUUCCUCUUCGAAAGCUCCCUACAGAUACAAGUCGGUCAACGCAUGUUUGCUGCCGCUUGUCGCCGUUCAUGGCUGCCAUAUCCUCACCGUGGAAGGCAUCGGUUCCUCGUCCAACCCACACCCUAUUCAGGAGCGCAUCGGAAAGCUCUUUGGAUCCCAGUGCGGCUUCUGUACUCCCGGUAUCGUCAUGUCUCUCUACGCUACUGUGCGCAACGGCUACGGCCAUCUCACCGAGGAGGACAUCGAGCACUCGCUCGACGGCUGUCUCUGCCGCUGCACAGGAUAUCGCCCCAUCCUCGAUGCUGCCAAGUCCUUCGCCACCGUCAAGAGCACCAACGUCGGUUCCAGCAGCAACUCGAGCAACCUCAACAGCGACGAUUCGGACGACGCAGAGCCUACAACACCCCCCGAGGCUGACCUCAUCACACGAACUCCCUGUGCCAAGGGCGACGAUUGCUGCAUGGUCAACGGCAAGUCCAAAGGCUGUGCCCCAAGUGCCACGACCCCUGGUAUCUCAACUACAGCAGAUGCCAUUCACAAGGUCCUUGACCCCGUCCAAUUCAAACCUUACGAUGCUGCCUCCGAGCUCAUUUUCCCACCUUACCUUGCCAAAGAUACCUUUGACGCGCAGAACCUCGUCUUCAUCGAGGAGCAACCAGACUCGGACGACCUCGAAGGCGAGACCCCUUCAGCUAAAUCAACCUCGGCACGACAGGUCUGGCUCCGACCCGGCUCGCUUCAGUCGCUUGUCGAGUGCAUGAAGCUCUACGGUCUCGACGCCGGCGGCAAGAUUCGCAGCGGCAACACCGAAACCGGUAUCGAGGUCAAAUUCAAGCAUCUCAAGUACAGCGUCUCCAUCUUUGUCUCAGACCACAUCAAGGACCUCGCCUUCUACCGCUCGGACGACCGCGGCAUCACCGUCGGUGCCAACUUGAGUCUUACCGACCUCGUCCGCCAACUCAAAGCCGAGCGUCCUGCUUCGGCCUAUGCUCAGCAGGUCAAGCGCGCCAUCCUCGACAACCUUGCCUACUUUGCAUCCAACCAGAUCAGAAACGUGGCUACGCUGGCAGGUAACAUUGCCACCGCAUCGCCCAUCUCGGAUCUCAACCCUGUUUGGGUGGCCACCGGCGCCCAGCUCUUCUUCGUCGACACCACCUCGUCUGAAGAGAAGUCCGUCAACAUGCGCGACUUCUUCCUCGGUUAUCGCAAGACUGCUUUGCCCGCCGGUGCUGUCAUCACCAAGCUCUUUGUUCCUUGGUCUGGCGACGCUGGCAGCGUGGUUCACGCUUUCAAGCAGUCCAAACGCAAAGACGACGACAUUGCCAUCGUCAACGCGUGUCUUCGCCUCUCCGUCCGCGAGGACAAGAUCGUCGAUGCCACGCUUGCCUUCGGUGGCAUGGGUCCUACCACGAUGCAGAGUGUUCAAGUGCAAAAGUUCCUGGAGGGCAAGCAAUUCAGCGCACCGGAGACGUUGAGCGAGGCUUUGCAGAUCCUGGCUACGCAGGAUUUCCCACUCUCGUAUGGCGUGCCUGGUGGUAUGCCGAUCUUCCGCAAGACGCUGGCGCUCGGUUUCUUGACUCGCUUCUGGGGUCUCGCUGCGCCACGCCUCGGUCUUCCAAAGCUUGCUACUGCGCUUGCAGCGCUUCCGGACCUCGAAGAGCUUGCCACCAGCACUGUCGAGCGACCCGCUACUUCUGGUCAGCAAGAUCUGGAAAACGUUGCCAUCAAGCAGCCUGUUGGUGAUUCGAUCCCCCAUCUGUCGGCUAUGAAGCAGGUCACGGGUGAAGCUGUCUACAUCGACGACUUGCCGCCCGUUGCCAACGAGCUGCAUGCCGGCUUUGUGCUGUCUCAGCGUGCGCACGCCGUCUUGAAGAAGGUGGAUGCAUCCGAGGCGCUGCAGAUGCCAGGUGUCGUCGACUUUGUCACGUACAAGGACAUCCCCGAAGGUGGUAGCAACAUUUGGAACCCGCCUGCGAUGGACGAGACAUUCUUUGCUGAAGACAAGGUCUACACUGUUGGUCAGAUCAUUGGUGUUAUUGUUGCCGACACCAAGCGCAAUGCGCAGGCUGCAGCCCACAAGGUCAAGAUCGAAUACGAAGACUUGCCUCACAUCCUCACCAUUGACGAGGCUGUUGCCGCCAAAAGCUUUUUCAAGCCGCGUCCCGUCAUUCACCGUGGUGAUUCGUCCGACGAAGGCUGGGCGCAGUACGACCAUGUCUUGGAGGGCGAGACUCGCAUGGGAGGUCAGGAACACUUCUACCUCGAGACCAACGCGUGUGUCGUGAUUCCAGGCAAGGAGGAUUCGGAGAUCGAGGUGAUUUCGUCGACACAGAACCCUUCCGAAACCCAGGUCUUCUGUGCUUCCAUCCUCGGCAUCCCUAACAACCGUGUUGUUACGCGUGUCAAGCGAUUGGGAGGUGGGUUCGGUGGCAAGGAGUCGCGUACGAUCGCCUUUGCGGCUCCCCUCACCCUGGCAGCUAAGAAGGUCGGUCGACCGGUUCGUGUGAUGCUCGAUCGCGACGAGGACAUGCUCACGACGGGCCAGCGUCAUCCGUUCCUGUGCAAGUGGAAGCUCGCCUUUAGCUCUUCGGGUAAGCUCGAACGUCUACAUGCCAUCGUGUACAACAACGGUGGUUGGAGUCAGGAUCUGUCGCAGGCCGUGCUCGAGCGUGCCAUGUUCCACAUUGACAAUUGCUACCAGAUCCCGCAUCUCCACGUCGAGGGUUUCAUCUGCAAAACCAACACCAUGUCGAACACCGCCUUCCGUGGCUUUGGCGGACCUCAGGGGAUGUUCUUCACCGAAGACUUUGUUAGCAAGGCGGCGUCGGUGAUUGGCAUGCGGCCCGAGGUGAUGCGCGAGAUGAACCUGUACAAGGAGAACGAGGAGACGCACUUCAAGCAGAAGCUGGUUGACUGGAACGUUCCCACGCUCUGGGAGCAGCUCAAGCGCUCCGGCGAGCUCGAGGCUCGUACCAAGGCGGUGGAUGAGUUCAAUGCAAAGCACCGUUACCGAAAGAGGGGUAUUGCGAUGAUCCCGACCAAAUUCGGCAUUUCCUUCACGGCAAUUUUCCUGAACCAGGCGUACGCUGUUGUGCACGUCUACCAUCACGACGGUAGUGUGCUUUUCUCGCACGGCGGUACAGAGAUGGGCCAAGGUCUGCACACGAAGAUGGCGCAGGUGGUGGCGACCGAGCUCGGUAUCCCAGUGUCGAUGGUGCAUCUCACCGAGACCAACACCACGCAGGCGUCCAACACCUCGGCGACGGCUGCGUCGGCGUCGUCGGAUCUCAACGGUAUGGCGCUGAAGAACGCUUGCGUUCAGAUCAACGAGGCGAUUGCCGCGUUCCGUGCGGAUGCGGCUGCGAAGGGGUUGGCGGGUGUCGAAGCAUGGAAGGAUGCGGUGCACGCUGCCUACUUCAACCGUGUUCAGCUGUCUGCGAUUGGGCACUACCGUACGCCCGGUAUCGGGUACAACUGGUCGAAUGGAACAGGUACGCCGUUCUACUACUUUACCCAAGGUGCGGCCAUCUCCGAGGUCGAGUUGGACACGAUCACGGGCGACCACCGCAUUGUGCGUGCAGACGUGCACAUGGACAUUGGCCGUUCAAUCAACCCUUCGAUUGACGUGGGUCAGAUCGAAGGUGCCUUCACCCAAGGCUUUGGACUGUUCACCAUGGAGGAGACGCUGUACCUGAACAAUGGACAGCUUGCGACGCGUGGGCCGGGUAACUACAAGAUCCCCGCUUUCCUCGAUACGCCGACGGACAUGCGUAUCUCGUUCCUCAAGGUGCAGGACCCUUCGAACCCGGCCGUGGACAGGCACAACAAGCAUCUGGGCACGAUCCAGUCGAGUAAGGGUAUUGGAGAGCCGCCGCUGUUCUUGGGAAGCUCGGUGUUCUUUGCGCUCAAGCAGGCGAUUUCCGCAGCGAGGGUGCAUUACGGUGAGGCAGGCGUGGAUGCGUUGAGGGAUUCGUUCCAUUUGGUGUCGCCGGCUACGGCGGAGAGGAUCAGGGUGGCUAUCAACGAUCCUUUGGUGAAGCUGGCGCAGGAGACGACGCCGAGGAAGGACGGGGAGAAGCCGUUCUUUGUUUCGAUUUCGUGA